AUGUUUCAUACUCUUGGACUUAUUUGCAUGAUUUGGUGGUGUAUGAUGACAUUUCAUGCUUUGCAUGCUGACAUCCACUGUAUGGAAUCAGAGGAACAAGCAUCACCUAUUACAAACGUGAGACUGAAUUGGAGAAGAAUGGAACUGUCCUGGGAGAGUAGCAAGAAUUUCUCAAAGUACAAAUGUACCAUAAUGGACAGGGACAUGGAAAGUGUAGAGAAUGAGGUGAAUGUUACACUAUGCAAAUUUCCAGUGGAACAAUAUGUGCCUCUGCACAAAGGGGUAUUCUUUACCAUUGAACUGCCAAAUACAAACAUCUCAAAAAACUGCACCUUUAUCCCUGGAGGCAUGGAUGGGUCAGCAGUUGAAAACUUCUCCUGUGUCGUUUAUAACAUUUCCUUCAUGAACUGCACUUGGCAAGCAGGCAGGGAUGCUCCAGGAGACACUCAAUAUUUUCUCUACUGGCAGAACUCGAGAGAUGACGAUGUAAUGGAAUGUGAGCUUUACAUUAAAGAUGAAAAUGGCAGAAACACAGGAUGUAGAUUCCGCAAUGUGAGCAUAGAGAUUGAAAAGGCUUACUUCGUGGUGAAUGGGUCUAGCAAAGAGUCCCUAAUCCAGUUCUAUGAUGAGUACAUUCAACUGUAUACAACUGAAAUACUCACUCCUCCAUUACAUAUUGCUGUCAGUUGUACUAGAGAGUCAGCAGGUUGCAUAAUUACAUGGCAACCACCUCUUACAAGUCAUGUGGAAAACACAAAAUGUUUUCAGUAUGAAAUUAACAUACAAAACAAGGAUAAACCCAAAGAAGAGAAAAAGGAUCCUCCUAUAACAGUAAGGAACAACAGAUAUGAAUUUCAAAAUUACAAUAAGGAAAAAAAAUAUAUUCUGAAAAUCAGAGCACGAGGAAAGAACUGUCUCCUAAGCUCAAAAUGGGGCGAAUGGAGUGAACCUGUCGAGUUUGGUCAAGGAAAAGAUUACUUUAUCUUUGUGCUUUUAUUUCUGAUAGCACUUGGAACAAUCUCAGUAACACUGCUCCAAUAUUGUCUUUUUAAAAGGUACUGCAGUGUCAAGAGCCUAUUUUCUCCCAUACCACAACCAAGAGACAAAUUUAAUCCAUUACCUGAUGAAGAUACUCAGUUAGAAUAUGCAAAUCUACAAAAAAGAGACUGUAUUGAGGAAAUAACUAUUGUUAAAGAGAUGACCAGACUUUCAGAAAGAGACACUUGGAUUCCUCAAUCCUUGUGAAAGAAAACAAUGGAUCCCUCCAACAGGUACUCCAGAUCAGAAUCGAACACCUAUAAAACUACUUGCUCCAUAAAAAUACACCUAAAAUGAAGCAGAAGGCAGGAGAAAAGAGAAGAACCAGUAAACUUUGUUUCAUUUUGUUCAAAACCCUGAGUCUUGGUGGCUAAGCUUUUGUGCCACUUCCUACUGUGAACACUUGCUUAAACCUUGCUGAGAUUUUCUUCACCAAACAAGGCCUCUCAUCUGCAAUGGAAGAAACUUACUUCCUAUCCCCACUGCCAUGAUGCUUUUCCUCUGGACAUACUCAUUUCCUACAGAACAGGACUGCCACAUAGAUCAGUUUUCUCAGAUUAUCAUUUUUAUAUACUGUUUUCUGAAGCAGAAAUUUUGCAUUUAAAGCAUGUUUAAAAUUACCCUUCAACCUUGCAAUCAGCAAUACCAAAUGGUCACUCUAUUCAGCAAACCUUAUGCAAGACAGACAACAGGAAAUAAAAUGACACUUGCCCAGUGGAGUCAAUGCUGGGCAGCCAGCCAUUUCAUGAGCUCCAUACGCUCAAUGCAGAUAUGAACUUCUGCAACAGAAUUAUUAACUGAACUCACACAGAUGUUGCCUGAAACUAAAGCGCAAAAUGUUAUGUAAGAAUUAGAAUAAAAAUAAGAUUAAAUAACUAAAGAUUUCCUCGCACUCAUGAAUUCAUUCCCUUCAGUGUGCAAGCCUUAUUGGCAAGGCCUUCUAAAAAUGCCAGCUUUUUCUUAUACAAAUUCCAAUCUUUUUAAUUAAAUAUUAUUUCAACAGCAGUUUCAAUAAGGCAGAAAACAAAUGCUUUUUUUAAAAGUCUCAUUUAUUGUUUGCCUCUUAUGUUCCCACACUGCAAAAUCACACAUUAAAUUGCUGCUGCAUGAUGAAGGAAGCCACAGACUAAAAAAAAACUGAACACCAAGUGGCACAUGCUGAAUCAGCACAGCAUAAGUAAACUGCAGUUCCACUUUGGAAAAAAAAAA